AUGUCGACCACGAGCUCAAGCACUGGUCCUGAAGACAUGUUCCAGCUGAAAGUCAUGGUCAACCGGCAGCGAACGAAGGUGCUGUUUGCUGAGGCCGACAGUGACUUUGCUGAUCUCCUGCUGAGCUUCUUGACAAUACCGUUGGGCACGAUCGUCAGGACGCUGAGGCGCUAUGACGAGCCCCAACUGGGAAGCCUAACAACACUAUACUACAGCCUGUCCAGGUUGGACAACGCCCUCUUCUGGACAGCUGGCGGUAAGCAAAUGCUGCUCGACGCAAGGAACCCGCUCAAGGCCGAGUGUAGCAGGAUAAUGCUCAACGUGGAUGAAUCCGGUUCAAUGACUGGCUUCAGGUGUGGGGCCCACAGCUGCAGGCGUGAGAGGUCCCCGAUUGUGACCUUAUACCACAGCAUGGGAACUUGCGAUUGCGGUGGGCCUCUGGACAAGUCGAUGGGCCCAUUGGAGCCCGGGAUUCUUGAUAACCGACAAUCACAAGGUGACCGUGGGGGGGUUUUUGUCGAGAAGGGCACGGUGUUCUUGAUAACCGACGAUCUCAAGGUGGCGCCUCUUGUGCCCGGGCGCUUCUUGGAAACUCUGGUCGAUCUCGGUGUGACUGUCGGGAAAGGAGCCAAGAUGUCGACUAUGAGCCUUGGGUACGAUGCUAUUAUGGAGUUGCUCAGGGGAUCUCUACUCUCCCGUACUCCACUAACCGACCUCUUUGUCCAGCAAUGUUGCUCAGACUCAGCUUUACCCGUAAAUUUACCGCUUCUGGCCUCAGUAAACUCGCCGGCCAACUCCAAAACCAUGAAAGUUAAAGCUGUCUUACGCAAAUCCAAUAACGAACUACUGUUUGUUCAUGCAGGGGAUGAUUUCGUGGAUUUCAUCCUUAGUUUGCUAACCAUCCCCUUGGGGAGGGCCUGUUUCCUCUUGGAGGGCAACACAUUGCUAAAAAACAUCGACAAUUUGUACAGGAGCAUAGCCGAGACUGUCGAUGAAAAGUACCUAAAGUUAAAAAACCGGCUAAUCAAACCCGAGCUUCCUCCAGGCUAUCUGUCCAAGAAUCAAAUCUUGCCCCUGGAAGAACGAACGGCACCCAAUAUUUAUUUUGUCGAGUCUUUUACCGUGGGCCCCAACAAGGAGAUAGAGAAAGGUUCUUGGAUGCGUUUUAAGGACCCAAAAGGGGAGGGGAGUUAUCUGAGGCAGCAUGACAAGUUUGUGGUGACGAGCGAUUUGACCGUGGAGCGUAUGGUCUCGGUCGAUGCGGCUCUCGUUUGGAUGCAAGUCGGUGCAUGGGAUGUGCAUGAAGUGGAGCUGGACAUCGGACUGGAACUGGCUUUGAACAUUUUGCGAGCAUCUCUUGUGUCAGAUCAUGCUUUGAGCAAGGGCCUAGAGCCUGCCAUAAUACAGAAGCUACAGCUUAGCUCGAGCUAUGGUUCUCAGGUGACUUUAUCAUAUGCUCGAGCUAACAUAGCGAAUGGAAUGAGUCGAGAUGAUGAACCUAAGAGGCGCGUAGAUUUUUGA